CGCGUCUCAGCGGCGGGUGGGAGCGAGGCUGGCGGCGCUGGCGAGCCGGGGGCCGCAGCCGCCGAGGGAGGACGGAGCUUGGCGGGCCAUGGAGCGCAGGGCGAGGAGGCGCCGCCGCGACAGCCGCAGCCCCGAGCACUAGAGCCGGCCGCCACCGCCGGGUCCCGACCGAGCAGCCGCUCCCAGCCGCCUGCGCUUGCCCGCGCCGGGGCCGCCGCCGCCGGGCGGGUCCCGAGCCCCCUUCCCCGCCCGCCGCCUCCCCUAUGCGGCGGGGCUGGAGGAGCCGGAGGCCUCGCUCGCCCGGGAGGCUGCAGCCGGGGGACGGCGUGUGAGGAGGGGCCGAGCCCUGCGCGCCCAGCACCGACCUGGGAAUACACAGCUGCUUUGGGACACACCUCUAUUGGAUUUAAUACAUGCUCCACUAGCAACAGCUUUCAGCUAUGGAAUCGACGGUUGAUGAUGAGGCGAUGGCAGCAUAAAUGAAGAUCAAGUAAGGAAGGCAGAACGAUGCCCAAGGGUGGGUGUUCUAAAACACCACAGUCAGACGAUUUCUCUCUCAGCAACGACAUGGUGGAGAAACAAACGGGGAAAAAGGAUAAAGAUAAAGUUUCCCUAACCAAGACUCCAAAGUUGGACCGGAGUGAUGGUGGCAAAGAGGUGAAAGAGAGAGCUACGAAACGGAAGUUGCCUUUCACUGUUGGAACAAAUGGAGAUCAAAAAGACUCGGAUACAGAUGCCUCCAGUUCAGUCCAUGCUGUGGUGGUAUAAGGCUGGUACGCUCCUCGAAGCACCAUGGCAUGAAAUGGAGGUUCCUAGAAGCAAGACGGAAGAAAAGCAGGGUCCAGAACGGAAGAGGAUUAAAAAGGAGCCUGCCACUAGGAAGCCUGGCUUGCUGUUUGGAAUGGGGCUUUCAGGAAUCAGGGCUGGUUACCCACUCUCUGAGCGCCAGCAAGUCGCCCUUCUUAUGCAGAUGACAGCAGAAGAAUCUGCAAAUAGCCCAGUAGAUACAACACCAAAGCAUCCCUCUCAGUCUACAGUGUGUCAGAAGGGAACUCCUAACUCUGCCUCCAAAACCAAAGAUAAAGUAAAUAAGAGAAAUGAGCGUGGAGAGACUCGGCUGCAUAGAGCUGCCAUCCGAGGAGAUGCCCGGCGCAUCAAGGAACUCAUCAUUGAGGGCGCAGAUGUCAACGUUAAGGACUUCGCAGGCUGGACAGCAUUGCACGAGGCAUGUAACCGGGGCUACUAUGAUGUUGCAAAGCAGUUGCUUGCUGCCGGCGCGGAAGUCAACACAAAGGGGUUGGAUGACGACACCCCGCUGCAUGAUGCAGCUAAUAAUGGGCAUUUCAAGGUGGUAAAAUUGUUGUUACAUUACGGAGGGAACCCUCAUCAAAGCAACAGGAAGGGAGAGACGCCUUUAAAAGUCGCUAAUUCCCCCACCAUGGUGAAUCUACUCCUGGGAAAGACCACCUAUCCCUCUAGUGAAGAGAGCUCAACAGAGAGCUCAGAGGAGGAGGACGCCCCUUCAUUUGCACCUUCCAGCUCCGUCGAUGGCAAUAACACAGACUCUGAGUUUGAAAAAGGCUUGAAACAUAAGACAAAGAGUCAAGAGCCCCCCAAAACAACAAUCACACCGGUAAAGGAUGAAUAUGAAUUUGAUGAAGAUGAUGAGCAGGACAGAGUCCCGCCCGUCGAUGACAAGCAUUUGCUGAAAAAGGAUUACAGGAAAGAGACUAAAGCAAACAGUUUUAUUUCCAUACCCAAAAUGGAAGUAAAAACCUAUACUAAAAAUAACACAAUUACACCAAAGAAACCUGCCCAUCGCAUCCUGUCAGACACGUCGGAUGAAGAGGAUACCAGUGUAGCUGUGGGGACUGGCGAGAAGCUGAGACUAUCGACUCACUCGAUACUGCCCAGCAGCAAGACUCGAGAGCCCUCCAACGCCAAGCAACAGAAGGAGAAGAAUAAAGUCAAAAAGAAGCGGAAAAAGGAGACAAAGAGCAAAGAGGUUCGGUUUGGCAAAAAAAAUGACAAAUUUUGUUCCUCUGAAUCAGAGAGUGAAAAUUUGGAGAGUGAGGAGGAUGAUAGAGACUCUGUGCAAAGCUCUAGCUGUGUAAAGGACUCUAGGCUAGUGCUAAAGGAAUCCUCCUUGUUCAACUCUCUGUCUGCCUCUUCCACCUCUUCUCAUGGGAGUUUAGCUUCACAGAAACAUAACCCUAAUCUUCCAGACCAGCACUCCAAGCACUGGAGGACAGACAAUUGGAAAACCAUAUCUUCUCCAGCAUGGUCAGAUGUCAGUUCCUUAUCGGACUCCACAAGGACGAGACUGACGAGCGAGUCAGACUAUACGUCUGAGGGUUCCAGUUUACAGUCGUUAAAGCCAGUGAGAAAGAAGCAGGAGCACAAAAAGAAAAAUAACUCUCACAAUACUGUCUCUGAGAAGAAGAAUUCAUUCCAUGCCAACGUGGACGGAGCAAUUCCAAAGCUGGAUAAGGAGGGAAAGGUUGUUAAAAAACAUAAAACAAAACAUAAACACAAAAACAAAGAGAAGGGACAAUGCCCAGUCAGCCAAGACAUUAAAAUAAUCAAAACUUUUUCUUUUGAAUAUGAGGACUCUAAGCAAAAGCCUGACAAGGGUUUGAUAGAGACUGAAAGUCCAAGUGAAAAUAAAUUAAAAGUGUUAAAACAUGAGAGAGAACACUGUAAAAAGGAAGAAAAGCUACUGAAAAGUAAAUCAGAGGAGAAGGAAUGGUUGUUUAAAGAUGAGACUGGAAAAGCCUCCAAAGAGGAGAAAUCAUUAAAAAAAGUCAAAGAGGGGAAUAAAGACAUCAGCAAAUUUUUCAGAGAGGAGAAGUCAAGUAAAGAAAAACCCAUAAAGGAGAAGUCUCCCAAAGAGGAGAAACCUAGAAUACACAAGGAGGAGAGAAAGAAAAAAUCAAAGGAAAAGCAGUCAAAAUCUGAAAAGAAGAAUGAUCUGAAGGAGGAGAAAAUUACUAAACUGGAGAAAGACAAAACCUUCAAAGAAGAGAGAGAAAAAUGUAAAAAAGAAAAAGUUUACAAAGAAGAGCCUGUAUUUGAUGAGUUUAGUAAUAAAAGCCAAUUGCUGGAAAGCGAGGACACAAAAUUCAGCCUUUCUGAUGAUCAGCAAGAGAGAUGGUUUUCUGAUUUGUCUUCUGAUUCAUCCUUUGAUUUCAAAGGUGAGGAUAGCUGGGAUUCUCCAGUAACAGACUUCAGGGAGAUUAAAAAUGACAGCAUGGCAAAACUAAUCCUAGAAACAGUGAAGGAAGAAAUUAAAGACAAGAAAAGGGAGAAUAAAACAAGGGAAAAGAAAGAAUACAAUGAAAAACGCAAUGAAAAGGAUACAUUCUUAAAAAAGAGAGAGAGAGAAAGUGUCGACAAAAACCCUGAGAAGAAAAAGGACCAAACUGAAAAGCAUAAAGUCACUCCUAGUUAUCUGCCUGAAAAGGACAAGAAAAGGAAAGAUUCUGCAGAAAGCGUUAAAGAGAGAAAGGAAAAAGAUCCAGGUGAAAUCAACAAAGAGAGAAAAGAUUCCUCUGAUAGCUGUAAAGACCGAAAGGACAUAAAAAUUAAACAAGAGGAGCCCUAUCGAGAUGAGUUUAAAGAAUAUGGUUGUGAAACAUUCUUCAAGGAGAAAUCUGACCCUGAAUUCAGUGGAAAAAAUGUGGAAAGCGGGGAAAGGCACCAUUCAGGGAAAGAUAAGGAGAAGAAAGAUGCUCCUGAUAAAGAAAAGAAAGAGAAACUGAAACCAGAAAAAUAUAAGGAGAAAUCCAAAGAAGCAGAUAAAGAGAAAAAUGAAAAAGCUGUUGCUGAGAAAAACCAGAAAGACAAAGAACUGGAUAAAAGUUUUAAAGAGAAAAAAGAUCCUAAGGAGAAAUACAAGGAUCUGCAUAACAAAGACAAAGAAAGGAAGACUUCUUUAGACUAUAUCAAAGAGAAAAAAGAGAAAAACUUCUCUGGAGAUAGAGAGGACUUCUCUGAGAAAAGAGAUGAGAAAAAAGGAAAAGAGAAAAGCUGGUACAGCAUCGCAGAUAUCUUCACAGAUGAAAGCGAAGAUGAGAAGGAUGAUUACAGCUUAAGCGGAUUCAAAAUUGGUGAGGCCGUUGGGAGUGAAUUGCAUCGAAUGGACAGUCUACAAGAAAAAGAUGAUAGCAUGGCUGCUGAAAAGGAACUUUAUCUUGCUGACAAGCACAGAAAGUACUCUUCUGACAGGCAACAUUCAGGAGAGAAACAGAAAGAUAAAGAGAAGAAAAAGGACAAAGGAUUAGCAGAAGGUGGGAAGGAGAAAAAAGAGAAGAGUUUCUUUGAAAAACACAAAGAGAAGAAGGAUAAAGAUUCUGUCGAGAAGUAUAAAGACAGGAAAGACAGAACCUCAGUAGACUCCACCCAAGAAAAGAAAAACAAGCAAAAGCUCCCUGAAAAGGCCGAAAAGAAGCAUGCUGCCGAGGAGAAGGUAAAAAACAAACAUAAGGAAAAGAUGGAUAAAGAACAUUCCAAAGAAAAGAAGUCUUCAAAAGGAGGAGAGACCGAGAAGAGCCUGUUGGAAAAAUUGGAGGAGGAGGCCCUCAAUGAAUAUAGAGAUGACUCCAAUGAUAAAAUAAGUGAGAUUUCUUCUGAUAGCUUCACAGACAGAGGACAAGAUCCAGGACUAACCAACCUCUUUGAGUCUUCUAACCUUUCUCUUAUGGAUGCCUCUGAGGAAAAGUAUAAAGAUUCUCUUCCUUUGCCCUGCUUGCAAGACAAACUCAAGGAGAAGGAGAGGCACAGGCAUUCCUCAUCUUCAUCAAAGAAAAGUCACGAGAAAGAGAAAGCAAAGAAGGAAAAAACCGAGAAAAAAGAGAAAAUGGAUGACUUUAAAGACUCCAGCAACAGAAAAGAUUCCAAUCAAUAUGAAAAAGAAUUCUCUGUGGAUGGGGAGACUUUUGGCAUUUCCUACAGCAUGAAAGCAGAGGUUGAGGAAGACCUGGACAAAAACAUUGACUAUUUGUUUUCUGAAAAGAAAGAUAAAAAUGAUCCUGAGAGAGAGCUCUCAAAGAAGGCAGAAAAGGAAAAGACUUAUGGUUCCAGUACCAUCAGCACAGUCAAAGAGAAGAAGAAGAGAGAAAAACACAAGGAAAAAUGGAAGGAUGAAAAGGAAAAGCAUAGAGACAAACAUACAGAUGGAUUCUUUAAACAUCACAAAGAUGAGACAAAAUCUGUGGUUAAAGACAAGGAUAGCCCUCAAGUUAUCACAUUCAAAGAUAAGUCAAAGGAGGAGAACCUCAAAUUUAGUGAAACCAAACUGAAGGAGAAACUCAAGGAAAACCAAGAGAAAGACAAAACAGAGUCUCUAAAGAUCAGUAAUGGAAAUGAUAAAAUAACAUUGUCCAAAGAUGGUAGCAAGAAAGAUAACAGGCCUAGAGAGAAGCUUCUGGGUGAUGGUGAUCUAAUGAUGACCAGCUUCGAGAGGAUGCUGAGCCAAAAAGACCUGGAAAUUGAGGAGCGCCACAAAAGACACAAAGAGAGAAUGAAGCAAAUGGAGAAGAUGAGGCACAGAUCUGGAGAUCCCAAAUUAAAAGAUAAAAUUAAAACCUCUGAAGAGAUGCGUAAGAGGAGUCUGGAUUUGACCACAAAGAAACCACUAGCACUAGAUACUCAGCUAAAGGACAAAAAGCUCAAAGACCUAGGUCCACUGACUCCUAUAUUGUCACCAGAUAAUAAGCCACAGCCUGCUGUGGGGACAGAUUCAAAAGACUGGAUAACUGGCCCUCAGCUGAAAGAAAUUUUACCUGCUUCUCCCAGGCCAGAUCAGAACAGGCCGACGGGUGUUCCAGCUCCAGCUUCCGUAGUUUCUUGUCCAAGCUAUGAAGAAGUGAUGCAGACACCAAGAACUCCUUCAUGCAGCAAUGAAGAUUACACAGAUUUGAUGUUUGAUUGUGCUGACUCUCAGCACUCUCUGCCCAUAUCCACAAUGUCCAUGAAUGCAUGUUCUCCAUCCUUUUUUGACAGAUACGCAAAUGCUUCGAGUGGACUUCCCGACAAUCCAAGUCAGACUCCAACAAGGACGAUACCCUCCACAAACCUUUAUCGUUCAAUCUCUGUUGAUAUAAGAAGGGUCCCUGAAGAUGAGUUCAGUGCUGGAGACAAGUUUUUCAGGCAGCAAAGUGUCCCGGCAACAUCAAAUUAUGAUUCUCCAGUGCAGCAUUUGAUGGAGGAAAAAGUCCCUCUUCCUUCUGUUCCUGCAGAAAAGUUUCAGUGUAUGUCUCCAGGGUAUUAUUCACCUGACUAUGGAAUUCCAUCACCUAAAGUAGAAACUUUGCAUUGUGCACCUGUUGGCAAUGUUGUCCAAUCACCUGAAAGCAUCUUUUCUGGUUUACAAGCAAAAUCCUCCCCCUCACAUAGAGAUGAGCUGCUUGCACCUUCUGUAGAAAGUGCUCUUCCCCCUGAUCUUGGCAUGCCUUUGGAUACCACAGAAGAGCAGCAAGCUACUGCUUCUAUUUUGCCACCAGAGUCUACCUUUUUACCACCUAUUGAAGAAAACCAUUUGAGUUCAGGUAUUUCAGAGCAGAACAAUAUGGACUGGGAUAACCCUCCUUCCAGAAACCCUGACCCUCCCAUGCCUCCUAGUUUAAUUGGUAAUCCAUCUGAUCACCCUGUCAGCUGGUCAGUGGGAUCAGAACUUCUAAUGAAAUCUCCCCAGAGGUUCCCUGAAUCCCCUAAGCCAUUCUGUUCACUGGACCCAAUACAUCCUGCACCCGUGCCCUUUAUUUCUACAGAUUCUCCAUACCCGGUUUCUCCUAUUUCCUAUCCAUUGUCAGUAUCUGAACCGGGGCUUGAUGAAGUAAAGGAAGAUGCUGAAGAAGCAGUUCCAGGAGAAAUGGCAACUGCAGAAGAGCAAGCUCCUUACAUGUCCCCUACUAGAUUAGACACUUUCUUCAAUAACUGCAAGCCUCUUCCAGAAGAAACACCCGAGAUGCCUUUAGACCCUCCUUGCAUUCCAACAGAAACUCCAGCAGAGGCUGUUAACACUCUGGAAAACAGUUAUUUGGAAAACAGUAGUGUUGCACCUGUAAACUCAGAAGAGCCAGUAACGUGGCCGGAUCCAUUCACAAACUCAGAAGAUGACUUAGACCUUGGUCCCUUCUCGUUGCCGGAAUUGCCGCUCCAAGCUAAAGAUGUUCCAGAUGCUGAAAUGACUGAAGUGGCACCGGUAGAAGAAAGCCCAGGAGCUGCCCCAGAAGUCAUAAAUACUGGGGUCAUAAACGUGAGUGUGUCUGUCACAGCUUCCCGUGAGCAGGAGGAGCUACCGCUUAAUCAGCCAAGUAACUUACUACCUGUGGAACCAGAGCCACGGCUGGAGGAACAAAAGCCGGAAGUGAUUGCACCAGAAGCUACCUCGGAAGCAUUGAAUGUACCAGAAGAGAGAAGAUUAGAAGAGUCCGAGGCACAGAGUUUUCAACAGACUGCAUCAAUCGAGCUUGCUCAGCCAGAGAAACAAGAGGGAGAAACAAACCAUGAAGAAUUGCCCUCGUCAAACUGUGCAGUGGAGAGUGGAUCUCAAAGCAGCUUGGCACAAGCGAACGCUGCUGAGAGUGGGGUCGCGCAAGACAGUGCUGCAGUACGAAGUGGGAGCCAAGUCUCUUCCAUCCAGACAGAGACACCCCAAGGGACUACUCCAGUAGAAACCAUAGAGCCAGUACAAAAACCAGUAGCAGAAGUUUCCAAACCACCCAAAAUAGAAGAGAUCCCGCAACGAAUUACCAGGAACAGGGCUCAAAUGCUGGCCAAUCAAAAUAAACAGAACACUGCACCUUCUGAGAAAGAGUUUCCUCCAGUUUCUGCGCCUUCCACGCGUGCAAAAGGGCGAGUGACGGAGGAAGACGAUGCUCAAGCCCAACAUCCACGUAAACGCAGGUUCCAGCGUUCCAGCCAGCAGCUACAGCAGCAUAUUAACACGUCCACCCAGCAGACAAGAGAGAUGAUACAGCAAACACUGGCAGCGAUCGUAGAUGCCAUAAAACUGGACGACAUCGAGCCCUAUCACAGCGACAGAUCAAACCCAUACUUUGAGUAUCUUCAGAUCAGGAAAAAGAUAGAAGAGAAGCGGAAAAUCCUCUGCUACAUCACUCCCCAAGCUCCCCAGUGUUACGCCGAAUAUGUCACCUACACAGGGUCCUACCUGCUGGAUGGCAAGCCACUAAGCAAGCUUCACAUUCCAGUGAUUGCACCCCCUCCAUCGCUCGCGGAACCCCUGAAGGAACUCUUCAAGCAGCAGGAAGCAGUGAGGGGGAAGCUGCGACUCCAGCACAGCAUAGAGCGGGAGAAGCUGAUUGUUUCAUGCGAACAGGAGAUCUUAAGAGUUCACUGUCGGGCAGCGAGAACCAUUGCUAACCAGGCAGUGCCCUUCAGUGCAUGCACCAUGCUGCUGGACUCCGAGGUCUAUAACAUGCCUCUAGAAAAUCAGGGAGAUGAAAACAAAUCAGUCAGAGAUCGUUUCAAUGCUCGCCAGUUUAUUUCCUGGUUGCAAGAUGUGGAUGACAAAUAUGAUCGAAUGAAGACGUGCCUGCUAAUGCGACAGCAGCAUGAAGCCGCUGCCUUGAAUGCGGUGCAGCGAAUGGAGUGGCAGCUGAAGGUUCAGGAGCUGGAUCCAGCUGGGCAUAAAUCCCUCUGCGUGAACGAGGUUCCCUCGUUCUACGUGCCGAUGGUUGAUGUCAACGAUGACUUUGUGCUCUUGCCGGCAUGACAAUACAAAACCAGGAGACAUUCUCCCUGAAAACUGGCAAGGGCGGGAGCCCUCCGAGGACAGAUGCUCGAGCUCACAUUCAUCCUUACCACUUGCUGAUGAGUCCCUGGUCAGAGGAGGAGGAAGCAUCUAUCGGCAGAAAACAAAACAGUAAGAAAAAUAAUUGCACUUUCUUCACGACGUCUCCCUCACUUCUGGACUGAUCAGAGCUACGCCAGGCAGCGGGAGUGGGGGAACGCAUCUCCUGUCAAACCGGUUGCUGCAGCAGAGGGCAGCCAGCCUGUACACAGCAGUGAGCGUCUGAACGGACAAGGGGGAGAGAGACUGACGGAGGCAGGGAGGAGAAAAGGUUCAAGAACACGUGUGUUGCAGAAGCUGCUGAGCAGGGCCAGCAACCAUGCAGUUCAUGUACUUGUGAACAUGGCGAUUUCAAGCUCUUUGUUUUCCAUUUGUCCGCAGAUCUCCUCUUGGAGAAGCUGCAGAGGAGACGGUGGGUUUUUUAUAGUUCUCGUUCCAUCCUGGUUACGUCACAAAUUAAAAGCAAAACUAAAAGGAAGCAUCCAGCUUUCCCAGCUGCGGUUCCGGAGGUGCAAACAGCUGCGGCUCCCGACCCCGGACGCCUUCUGAGUCGUCAUAAAGUAGCUGCUCGUCACCACGUUUGGAUGAGUGAGGAGGCAGUUGGCACGUUAUGCGCACGUGACUAGUACGGUGAGUGUCUACCGCGAAAAUGGUGACGGAGAGCCAGGACUUUGCCGAUCAUGUUUUUAAUGGAGUAAAAUCCAUGUGGUUUAUAUAUAUUUUUUUCCUUUAAUCUUGGGCAUUUCGUUUCUCUUUCUGAGAACAUAACUUGAAAACACUACAGAGCCAAUACUCAUAUAAAGAAAAUUGUAUCCCAUAAAUGCUGUACAGUUUUUAUAUACAUUAACAAUGUACUUUUGCUGCCUUCUAGAUAAUUUAUUUUGCAACACAUUACUGCACAGUUGUAAAUAACUUAUGUACUGUAACAUCACUUUCAGUUAUGUGUAAAGAAAUAAAUAAAUUAAUUGAAAUUAUCUUUGUAUGUAUAGUUCACCCUAGGCAGCACUUUCCCUCUCAAGGAAAAAAAUAAGGGCCAAAAUGGUGUGCAGUGUGCAGUAUUUCAAACCUGUCUUCUGAGAUUCAGGCCUUGCAAACUAACUCAGUCUGCAGUCCCUGUUGUGGAGAUCUCCAAGCGCUGACCUCUUCUUUUAACACAGUCUAGUUUUUUUCCUUUUCCCCCUGCCCUUUUGAGUUUAGUGGAGUAGUGAAACCACCUGCACAGAUUCGGAAGCUGUGCGUCAGAUUUAGCGAGGAAUGUUUGGGGGGUGGGGACAGGAGAGGAAGAAGGGGGAAUCCCACCCUGACACAUGCUAGCUUGGGCCUAGAGGAAUUCAGAAGAUGUUACUUGCACGUUUGGGCUGAGAGACCGACAAUUUACCGCAUUCCCACAGCCUGAGCUGCGGUACUCUGGGGAGCCAGCGACUCGGAGCCGCGUGGCCUCGGGAGGGCGAGGCCGCCUGGCAGCCGGGCGGAACUUGUAGCCAUUUCUUCAUUGUGACCAGCCAUUCUAGUGCGCUACGAGUAUUGUGAGUUCUGGAUAAAGAAGCCAGUUGCUCUGUGAGUCACGGGUGGAAAUAAAGCACCACAGCUGGGAAAGUGACUGUGAGGGUGAGCUGGGGCCGAAAGAUGCUCUGGGGCCGCUGCAAGGCUGCAGCCAUUGGGCAUCCAGCAUCGCUUUGCUUGUGGGAUCCUUUCUGCCUCGCUUUUCAGGGUGUGGUGGAUACCCUGCCAGGUGUCUGAGGCGUUAAUAAGCAUGCUGGGGCCUAGCUGUGAUUUUUAUCCAGUUCCAUCGGCCCAGCACUGCCCCGGUGGCCCAAUGUCCAGGGGUACCGGGUGGCUCUGUUAGCGCUUGCUCCAAGGCUUCAGUUAGAUGUGGUCAGCAGGGGAUGUGCUGUGCAGGGCGAUGCACACAUCUUCCUUGAGCAUUUUCUUGUAGUGUUGACAGGCAGGACUUCAGGUCGCUUCUGAGAAAGAGACGGGUUUGGCCAUUAGUCAUGUGUCAGUCGGAAUGAGCUUCUGUGCUGGGUUACUCAGGACUAAAGUGUGCUUGAUGCAGACUAGCUGAUCAGGUUGGGAAAGUGUCUAAUUAGAGAGAAGGGACACACCCCUACAUCACAGGCUGUCUGGAGGCCACCUUCACCACAUCACUGGGAGUGCAGAUUCCAGCCCCAUCCUGUUCUGUGAGCUUCUUCCUGGUGUUUUGAACAUUGCACCCUCGCAGAAGCCAGCUGUCUGUCUCUGGUUUUAAGAGAGCAAAAGCUCUUUGUUGAGGAGCCAGAACCCGGCAGGAGGCAUUACUCAGUUGUGUGCUUAAAAACCUCCUUUGGUACCACUCAGCCAGCCACAGCAAGGAGGGGUUUGCUCAGAAUUAAGCCCUUGGUGGGGGGCAGUUUCUAGUUGUAUAUUUAAGGAAAGUUUGUCUUCUGGCUCCAGCUCAGCUGGGGUGCACACUGCAUUGAUUUUUCUAAAUUAUCUGGUUUGGAGCUCUGGAUUUGAACAGCCCCAGUCAGGAGGGUGCUAAGUGAAAUUGUAACUUCAGCUGGGAUGCUGGGUGUUUCUGCUGCUGUAUUGCUGGGUGAUGGCACCAUGGCUGGUUCCAGAGAGGUUUGUAUUUGUUGAGUGUGUGGCUGUCAGUGGAGUAAUAGUGGAGUCCGUACUUAAUGCAGCUGGCAAUGUUUGUACCCAAGCACAGAUGUGCAGGAUGUGGCUGGAGGCAGAUGCAAAAUGCCUCUUCUGUGCCCUCUGGUCCUCGCUCACACCAAUGGGCCAGCUCACUCCAUACUGUCUGGGCCUGUAGGUCAGCCAGCCAGCCCUGCUCCCUUUGCAACCGCAACAAGUGGACUCUUUCUGUCUGCAGUGUGAAAGUGACCCGUGCAGGAUCCUGCUAAAACACACGGGCUCAAAUAAUUCUGCGAGAAAUGAACAGGAAACAUGGGCACUAGCUCAGCGGGGAGUGGUGUCAAAAUAUAGGUACCCUGAGUGUGCUGCAUCUUGUGCCCUGACGGGCUGGAGGGGGAUGCAUGGACUGACACACCUGGGGGCCUGUCACUUGGUUACUUUGAGGCUGUUUUUAAACAUUGCCAGGUGCAUGUGCUAGGUAAAGUCCAAUUCAGACACCAUUUAAAUUCCUGUUCAGCUCCCCUCCUCUCCUGGUGCUUGAGCUGCUGUGGGAGCAGGGGAGGCUUGAGGGGAGGAGCUCUGACUAAUUCAGUGUGAGGGUUGCCUACAGCCUUGCUGCUCUGCUCCCCUGUCCGCUUUCCCCGUACUGUGCGUUUUGGAGUGAGCAGCCUAGAUGGCAAAGCUCUGGAGUCUGAAGCCAAGGCUCUCCCAGUGCUUUGGGAUCUGGGCUGCCCACCCAGAUAACACAGCAGGGUAGGGCCGAGAGCAGCAGGAGGGCUGGAGCAGGGGGAAGUCCGGAGUGGAAUCAGUCUCGCAUUUAGCUAGUGGAGAAACCAAAGCCCUGCUUGAUCCCAGUGGAGGAGGAGCAGCAGUUCUGGCACCUAGGGAGUCAGAGAAGCUGCCAAAUUGGGCAUUUCCCCUUGCUCAGCACUCUAGGUUCAAAUUCUCACUCUGUCACCCACUGGCUUUUUAAACAGCUGCUGUUAUGGAGUGACCUGAUUACUUGAGCUGGGAACCAGACAGUCUUGCAGCCUGCCGGAUCACCGCUUUCCUCCAGGCUGCUUCAGAAAAGCCAGUUGAAGCACAUUCCUGUAAGGUGAUUUUCCCCACUAACUUAUUGAAUUAGUACCCUUGGCCUAUUGGGGCUGGGAUUCCAAAUCACGGCAUCACAUCACAAGCUGGGAUUGUUUUGGAGAGUUGGAAAGAAUUACGGGGCCAGAUUCUUGGCUGGUGUAACCGCACGGUUUCACUAGGCUUCCCCCCAGUGAAUGAGGGUUAUUGCAUGCAAAGCUACUGAGGCGAGUGAUCUGUCACGGUAACUAGUUUCUUCUAACUACAUUGUGUUAGUGACUUAAGAAAUAAAAUCCCUAGCUCCCUUCCUCAGGCUGUACGGUGAAACGGACAGGCUGUCCCUGGCCGUGUGCAGUGCUGGUGCUCAGCUCCAUCUCGCCAUGCUGCUGUGGUGUGUCCAAGGGAGUUUUCUCUAUGCCUGUGCUGUGCACAAACCUGUCUGGGGGAAUUCCCCGUGUCCUGGGCUGAGUGACUGGUACAAUGCAGGAGGAGGCUGCUCUGUGCUGUGGAAUGUAUCGAUGGCCUACAGAGGGUCAGGAUUUGUAGCACCCCUGGAUGUAUUCCGAAUGUUUUUUUUAUUUAAACAUUGAGCCCUUUGUUUCCAGGGUUCGAGUCCUUUUGCUCCUUUUCUCUUCCUUUCAGGGCUAGGCUUUGCCUGAUGCAGUGGCUGGUUUUCUCCACGGGUAUUGCCAGCUAAAUUGCAGCACACACUUUCCAUGCAAGUGGAGGGGAAUUGAUAGGCCAGCCAAUUCUCCUGCUCUGUGGGGAGGAUACAGGAAUGCUUUUCUUUCUCUAGAACACAGGAAUAUGGCCACAAAUAACACUUAUUUUUUUUAUUAAUUUCAAGCCCAGUUCUUUCUUUUGUUAAAUAACCAUCAAUUAAUCUGUAUAAGCAUGGAGAGACCUUUAAUCAGCAAUUUAAAGCAACAAUAGCUAAAGCAUUGUAUUAUCUUUGACACCUGUGCUACGUGGAUUCAAGUCUCAACAGUGUAAAUUUCCCUCCUUGUAAUGCUUCUCUGAGACUGUAUAUAAAUGUAAAUACCUCACAGGUCAAUUCACACCCUUCUAUUUGUACUAGUCCAACUUGCGUAGUAUGUGGGGUAAAACAGCGGCAAGAUUGCGUUGUCUGUAAUGUAACAAUGUAAUUUUUUUUUACAAUGUAGUUUGUGUACAUAUUGUUUGGCAGUGCUGGUGCUGCCGAUGCCACCGCUCUGCCGCGACACUGCUGUCCUUUCGCUGUACAACUUCCUGCAGACAGAGACAAAGUGAAUACAAAUGUUAUUUUCUACAGUUGCAUGUACAGAGAUGAGCGCCAGAGAGAUGCUGUUGUCCCUCAAAGAUAAUGUUCGUAAAUAAAUUUAAAAAAAAAAAAAAAAAAAA